UUCCCAGCAUUGCUCAUUAACUAUAUGAAUACUAUGGAAGAAAGUGAUGAACACUCUCAUUUUCCUAAAUACUUGCAAGAAGAUGACAUAACCCUAGAAUGCAAAGAGUUGAUACAAACCUUACCAAUGGAGAAAGGCUGGGUUUCAACCCACCUUCACCAAUAUCAAGGAUUUUGGCAAACCAAAAAGCAUCUUCAAGGAGUUUUAUCUUUUCAAAAGCACUUUCAAGCCCAUGAUACAGAUAUAAUCCUUGCUACCUCUCCAAAAGCAGGUACCACUUGGCUCAAAGCAUUGAUUUUCGCCUUGCUCAACCGUAAGAGAUAUCCAAAUAUUCAUGAUAACAACCAUCCUUUGCUCACUACCAACCCUCAUGUUCUUGUUCCUUUCUUGGAGCUUAGCCUUUACAUCGAGAAAGAUAUUCUUCCCGAUAUUAAUUCAUUUUCAGCUCCAAGGCUAUUUUCUACACAUGUUCCUUACAAAUCAUUGCCAAAAUCUAUAAAAGAUUCAACUUGUAAGGUGGUGUAUUUGUGUAGAGAUCCUAAAGACACUUUUGCUUCAAUGUGGCAUUUCACAAACAAGAUUAGGCCACAAAAUAGAGAAACCCUUCAACUAGAAGAGUCAUUUGAGAAAUUUUCUAGAGGUGUGAGUUUGUUUGGACCCUUUUGGGAACAUUUAUUAGGAUACUGGAAAGAAAGCUUGGAAAGGCAAGAGAAGGUGAUGUUUUUGAGAUAUGAAGAAAUGAAAAUGAAGCCUUGUUUUUAUUUGAAAGAGGUUGCUGAGUUUUUGGGGUGUCCAUUCUCCAAAGAAGAAGAAUCUAAAGGAGUGGUUGAUGAUAUAUUAAAUUUGUGUAGUUUUGAGAAGCUGAGCAACUUGGAGGUAAAUAAGUUUGGAAAAUUACCGUCUGGGGAAGAAAAUAAAGCUUUCUUCCGUAGUGGCAAAGUUGGAGAUUGGAAAACUCUUCUCUCAAUUGAAAUGAUUGAACGGUUAAAUACAGUAAUAGAACAAAAUUUGGGUAAACAUGGUAUGAGUUUUUAGAGGAGAGAUCAUAAGAAUGAAUUAGAGAGAAUCCCGAUUUCUUCAAGAAUAAAGAGUAGCCAAUCACAAUUCGGUGCUUGACACAAUACACGAUGGUGUUACUGAAAAAUAAGAAGUGAACAAAUAAAUCAUGCAGUUAAAGCUUGAUAGCUGCAGGGACGGAGCCAAGUGUAAUAGAAAAUACUAGUAUUCGCCCCCCUUGAUAUAGCUAUGUGUAAUGAAUAAAUGUAACUGUAGCACAUCUGUUUCAAAUGAUUUAACACAAUAAUAUUUUAUUCCUACUUUCAGUUAA